UCUGGGCCAUGCAUGCUGGCAAAGCCAAGCAAGUGCAGUUUCACUGAGCACAGCCUACGCUUGGCUCCCACCAGUGAUGCAAUGUCCCCCUUCUGGCACCCACAUUCCCAUGUGAAGCAUGACCCGGUUCUACCCCAGCACUGCGAGGGUGCAAGGGAUGGUGUCCCCACACAGCACCUCCAAGGGGUUGUACUGAACACAUAGAGAUUUGUUAGAUACUAAAGUUUAUCUCACAAGCCAGGGACAUGGCCAAAAUUAGUGCCUGACCAGCUCCAGCAUCACGAGCUGUGACCCAAAAAGCAGUUGAAGCAGCUUAAAAGAAGCAGCAGUUUUUAAAGCUUCACCUUGGGGCUAUUCUGCUGUCUGACACACAGAGCUGCAGACACGCAGAGCUGGCGGCUGUUUCCCAGCUGCUCUGUGAUGGUAGCAGCCUGUGCCACCUCUUCCCCCUGGAGGAGCAAUCCCAAGGAACACAGGAGGUUCUAGGACAAGCCCUGCAAUUACUAUUUUAUUGGACAUAAAAACAUCACCCUGGAGUUGUAAAUUACAGAAGCAUCACAGGAAGGAAUGGAAGCACUCAGGAAGUGCAGCCAGACAGAUGUGCAAGGCAGCACUACGGGCUCGUGGACCCUCCCAGCUGUGUAAGAUCAUGGCCAGGGUCAGCCAGGAUGUAGCCAGUGUGACUGGGCCAGGGCUGAAACCUCAUUUUGAUCCCUCUCAGCACAGCUGGAAAAGAUAAAGAGUGCAGACAGGCUCCCAGGCACCGAGCCUCCAAGCUUAGCUCCUCAUCCAGCACUGUCUGUUGGUUUAAUGAGAGAUAUCAGCUUUCCCCGCAGAUCUUGUCUCUUGUACAGCCUCAAACCCUCCCACUUAAAACACUGCCCCGCAAAUCAAUCCAAGAUGUUUUGUCUCUUUGAUCCGCUCAGCAGGCAGUAAGUCAUUGACAGAAACACAUUUUGCUUCAGCAGCUCCAGCAGGCGAUGGAAACAGCGCAGGACCGUUUUCCUGCCCUGCAGCAGAACCUGCACAUCACAGCACGGGGCGUCCUGCAGGACCUGCAGCUCGGCUGCUGUGUAUCCCACACUGUGUGUGCACUGCUACCUGAUCGCAGCGGGGGGAACCGAGGGAAACCAUCACCGAGAGAACAGUGCAGGUGCUCUGGGAGGGAAGCACCAUCCUGGAGCCAGAAACCUGCAGCCAGAUCCUGGCUCAGAGCUGCAGAGCAGCUUCCCUGGGUCACACUGGGCAGUGCCUGCAGUUCAUGCUUUUAGUGGCUUCAGUGCUCCUGACUCAGAAGCAUCAACAAUCAGCCCUUCAAUCCAUUUAUCUUUCCCAUUUCCUCAUAUAAAUCGUAGUGCACAUUAGUGCAUGUUCCUCAUCACAGAAGAAUUAUGAAGAUUUCCCCAAAUCUCGUUUUUAAAUAAACAGAAACGCUUAUUAUUACUUCCUUAUAUUAAAAAAGGAAUAACUUAAGCCCCCAUAAAACCAGGCUCAGCAAAGUGACAUCUCCUCCCCAUCUCUUUGGAGAUGGAUGCAUCCUCCAGCUCCAGCUCCGGCCUCCAGGUCCCAUGGUUUCGCACAGCGUGAGCUGAGGUUGGACAGAGACCGGAUCCUGACAGAAGAGGCCGACAGCAGCCUGAAGGGGCUUCUCCGUGCCCGAGUACAAACGCAGGCACGGUGCAGCUGGGCUUCUCGCUUGACGGCGGCCUCCCACAGACCACCAUCGGCCCCCCAGCCCUGCGGCAGGACGCCAACCGUACGGCCUGCGGCGCGGCCUCCGCACAGCAGGCGGCGCUGAUGAGCAGCCGUAGAGCCAGCGGCACGUUCUGCUUCCGGGAAGGAAAACGGUGCGGUGUGUCACGUGACUUGGGCAGUGCGGGUGGUGCGGGCGCUGCCGGCGCGCGCGGCUGAGCCGCGGGGUGCGCGCGUGCACGUGUAAGCGCGUGUCCGUGCGCGCUCACGCGGUGCCUGUGUUCACGUGGGUGUGCAGUACCUGCAGGCAGGCGCUGCCCAGCCUGGGGCCUGGUGGGAAUCGGUGCUGGGGCUGCAGUGCCACCCAGCACGAAGAAGCACGUGGCAGCGGUGCGGCGUUUUUGUAGCCACCAGCACUCUGAGCUGCAGCACCUUGUGUGUAACUCCUUGUUUUGCUGCUUCCUCCCUGCAGGCGUGAUGCUGGGCUUGCUGCGGAUGGGGCUCCCCGUGCUCAGAGCAGCAGCAGGCCCGCAGCUGCAGGCCCGCAGCUCCCAGCACGACGCCUUGGCUCAUGGCCGCCUGUUGCUCUCGCAGCUCUUCCAGCCUCUGAACCUGCAGGUGGGUGGUGUGGCAGGAUGCGAAGGCCAGGCGGCGGAGCUGAGCUGCCGCAGCCACCGACUGAUGCUGCAGGGUGGCCUCAUCCACCCCGCCAGCCCCGGCUGCUACCACCUCCUGCCACCUGCCGUGCGCUCCAUGGAGAAGCUGAUCCGCCUGAUCGACGGCGCCAUGCGGAACAUCGGCGGGCAGAAGGUGAACAUGCCCAGCCUGAGCUCUGCUGAGCUGUGGCGGGCCAGCGGGCGCUGGGAGCAGAUGGGGCCAGAGCUGUUCCGCUUGGCUGACCGGCACAGCAAGGAGUACUGCCUGGGCCCCACGCAUGAGGAGGCUGUCACAGAACUGGUGGCUGCACACGGCAACCUGUCCUACAGGCAGCUCCCACUGCGCCUCUACCAGGUGACCAGAAAGUUCCGGGAUGAGCCCAAGCCCCGCUCUGGCUUGCUGCGUAGCAGGGAGUUCUACAUGAAGGACAUGUACACAUUUGAUGUGUCUGAGGAGGCAGCACGUCACACCUAUGAGCUGGUGUGCAGAGCCUACCGCAGCCUCUUCAAGCGCCUGGGCCUGCACUGCGUCCAAGUGCAGGCAGCCACUGGCACCAUUGGUGGCACUGCAUCCCAUGAGUUCCAGCUGCCGGCUGACAUCGGUGAGGACAGGUUGGUGCUGUGCCCUGCUGGGCAUUUUGCAGCUAACGUGGAGAUGGUGGAUGGAGAGCAAACAGCGUGCCCUACUUGCGGAGAAAAACUCACCCAGAGCAGAGGGAUCGAAGUGGGGCACACAUUUUAUCUGGGCACCAAGUAUUCCUCUGUCCACAGUGCUGUCUUCUACACCCCUGAGAACAAGCUCCAGCUAGCAGAAAUGGGCUGCUAUGGUCUGGGUGUCACUCGCAUCCUGGCAGCAUCCAUUGAGGUGCUGUCUACAGAGGACAGCAUCCGCUGGCCAAGCCUCAUUGCGCCCUACCAGGUGUGCUUCAUCCCCCCCAAGAAAGGCAGCAAGGAGGAGCAGGGAGCCGUGCUGCUGGAGCAGCUCUAUGAUGACGUGGCUGAAGCCCUGCCUUGCCUGGUGGGCGACAUGGUGCUGGAUGACAGGACGCAGAUGACUAUUGGCAAAAGGCUGAAAGAUGCCAACAAGCUGGGGUACCCCUACGUGGUGAUAGCCGGGAGGAGGGCUUGUGAGGAUCCCCCGGUCUUUGAGGUUUGGGAUCAGAGCUCUGGCACGGUUUUGUACCUCACCAAGGAAGGUGUCAUUGAGUUACUGAGUAAAGUGCAACUCCCUUGAAAUCCCCGCCUCC